AAAAGGAUGGGAAAUGUUUUUACAGUAUGUACUCUAAUUGUAAGAAAAAUUGUGGGAAAUAUUUUCCAUCCAAAGAAGAGAUCAAGAGAAGACUGCACCAGUGUGUGAUGGAUAAGAUAAAGCAGAAGCUGAAGGGAGCGUUCAAAGGAGAGGAGGAGGAGGAUCAAUCAUUUGACAGGGAACUGGAAGAAGAGCCAGUACGAAUAGGAGGGGGCGGGACAGGGGGAGGAGUCUCAUUCUCAGAGGAAUCUGGAGAGGAGCCUCGUAGGAAGCCGAGGUUUGCCGAUGAACCAAGCGACCAACCAGUACCAGAGAGGAAGGAGAGGAAACCAAGGUUUGCCGAUGAAGAUGAUGGAGGAGGAGGAGGAGGUGUUCGGUUUGACACAUCAUCUCCAAGUAUUGAAAAAAAGAAAAGCAAAGCAAAGAAAGGAAAAGGUGUUACUUUGAUGGUUCCGGAAGGAGAAGGUGAGAAACCUAAACCGGGUGGAGUCAAGGGAAAGGACAAGAAAUCAGUUCAAGCACCAACUGCAGACAUUAAGAAGAAGAUCAGCAAAUGCAAAGAAGAAAAGUCCAUCAUCUUAGAUCUCUCAAAAUCUGAUAUAGCUGUUCUUCCUGGUAAUAUAAAAGAGGUCUCGUUCAUAGAGGAACUGUAUCUCUAUGGCAACCGUGUAUCAACCCUCCCGCCUGAGGUUGGGAAUUUAAAGAAGUUAAGGAAACUGGCAUUGAAUGAGAACAUGUUGACUGAUCUACCUAAUGAGCUAAAGCAGUGUGUUAGUCUAUCAGUUCUUGAUUUACGUCACAAUAAGCUGAGAGAAGUCCCUCCUGUGGUCUGUGAGCUGGCAUCGUUACAGACCCUCUACUUGAGGUUUAAUAAAAUAGUUUCUGUUAAUCCUGCAAUUGGGAAUUUAAGGAAUUUGACUUCUUUGAUUUUACGUGAAAACAAGAUUCGUGAUUUGCCCUCAACUAUUGGCUCCUUAACCAGGCUCACUGCUCUUGAUGUCUCUCACAAUCAUUUGGAGAGUCUACCUGACGAGAUUGCUAACUGCAGUCAGCUCUCAUUCCUUCAACUGCAACACAAUGACCUAACAGAGUUACCUGUUGCUAUUGGCAACUUGAAGUCCCUCAAGAGGCUAGGGCUCCAGUAUAACCAGCUCUCUGAACUCCCUCCAUCUUUAUGUAGCUGCACUGAACUCAAUGAGAUAGGGCUAGAGUCCAACACACUGACAUCACUUCCUGAUCAGUUGUUUGGAUCUGUCACCAAGAUGUCCAAUAUCCAGUUAAGCAGGAACAGUUUCACCAGUUUCCCUAUAUCAGAUCCCUCCCAUCUUGUCAGUGUUAAUUCACUAAUGAUUGAACAUAAUCAUAUCACUAAAGUUCCUCUUGGAAUAUUCUCUCAAGCAACUGAACUGACUCAGCUUAGUCUGAGAGACAAUCAAAUAACUACACUGCCACUAGAUUUUGGUACUUGGGUGACAUUGACUGAGCUUAAUCUUGGGACCAAUCAGUUGUCUUCAAUACCUGAGGAGAUUCAGGAACUGACAAGAUUAGAAAUACUAGUACUGGCCAAUAACACCAUUAGGACGCUGCCUAAAGGAAUAUCAGCUUUGCGUAACUUGAAGGAACUUGAUCUUGAAGGGAAUAAACUGGAAUAUCUGGCAACAGAAAUAAGUUACCUGAGGGAACUGACUAAGUUAAAUGUUCAGUCGAACAGGAUUACUAAUCUGCCACGAGGCCUGGGUCUAUUGGUUAAUCUGAAGCACCUCAGUGCCGGAGAGAACAACCUCCUUGAGAUACCGGCAGAGAUAGGGACCUUAGAGAACCUUGAGGAACUCUAUCUCAACGAUAACCCCAACCUUCAGUUCCUCCCUUACGAGCUAGCCCUUUGCAAGAGACUAGCCCUCAUGUCCGUUGAAGGUUGUCCCCUAAGCAGACUCCCUCCUCAUGUUGUGGACGGAGGCCCUUCUGCUAUUAUACAGCAUCUCAAGUUUCAAGGUCCUUAUCGCGGGCUGAGGUGAUUGACCACACCCACUUGAUAUAAUUAAUUGAGUGUUAUUAAUAGUUAAUUAAUCAUUGAUAUCUUAUGAUCAACUUUUCUAUCAUUUUGUUUAAUUAAUUAUUUCAUUUUAUUAAUUAACUUACAGUCAUUGUGUUAUCAUUA